GGGAAGGCUGACCGGGCUGUCAGAUGGAUACUGCAGCACCUCGAAGCUUCAGAUGAUUCUGUGAUCGCUCUCCACCAUCAUGGAUCAGCGUGGGUUUAUGACACUCAACAGGGCAAUCGCUCUGACUGACACCAGCCACCAUCUUCAAGUUAACUUGUGAAAGCUACUCCUUCACGAUGCUGAACCAUCCUUCGCCUACCACUUGUCGGUGGCACUUACUCUCCCUCCUGUUGUUGGUGGCGUGUGAGGCGGCCUCAUCUCUCGGGGGUGGCAGGAAGAUUUGGCAGCAGCCUAAGCCGGACCCCAUCUUAAACAGCCAGUCUUUCCUUCAUGACAGCUUCCCUUCAGGGUUCCUUUGGGGUUCUGGGACGUCUGCCUUCCAGACAGAGGGAGCCUGGGACCAGGAGGGGAAAGGCCCGUCCAUCUGGGACCACUUCACCCGCUCCUCUGUCACUGCUGUCACUGCCGAUGUGGCUGGUGACAGCUACACUCGCUGGGAAGAGGAUGUGGAGGCAUUGGAGUAUCUCGGUGUGCGAUCGUACUCUUUCUCUCUGUCCUGGCCAAGACUCUUUCCUGACGGGGAUGCCAGAGGUCAGCCCAAUAUGGCUGCUGUGGAGCAUUACAGCCGUCUCAUAGAGAGGCUACUGGACAAGAGAAUUGAGCCCAUAGUCACCCUCUACCACUGGGACCUGCCACAAGUCCUACAGGAGCGCUACGGAGGCUGGAAAAAUGACACAGUAGUGGGACUGUUUGAGGAGUAUGCUGCAUUUUGCUUCCGCACAUUUGGGAGCCGCGUUAGGUACUGGCUCACCAUGCAUAAUCCAUACCUGGUGGCUGUGCAGGGGUAUGGGACAGGUGUUCAUGCUCCUGGAGAAACGGGGGGUCCUGCCGGCUCUCUCAUUGUGGCCCACAACCUGAUCAGGGCACACGCCAAAGCAUGGCACACCUACAACACCCACUUCCGUCCAGCUCAGAAGGGUAAAGUAUCCAUUGUUCUGGGAUCCCACUGGGUCGAGCCGCAGAGAGGUCAAGCCACGGCUAACAACGUCGAGCUUUGCCAGCAGUCAAUGGAGGCUGUCCUCGGCUGGUUUGCCAACCCCAUCUUCGGUGAUGGGGACUACCCAGCCUCCUUAAAAAUCAAACAUGGAGCCCUCUUGCCCAUAUUCUCUCCUGACGAGAAGCUCUGGGUGCAGGCGACAGCUGACUUUUUUGCUCUGUCCUUCGGGCCCAACAACCUCCGUCUGGGUCGGGGCCUGGCCCAGUACGGUCUGACUGUGACCCCAGACCUGAGGCGUGUACUGGGCUGGAUAAAGCUGGAGUAUGGGGACCCGAGGGUGCUUGUGGCUGAGGCAGGUUGGUUUUCUGAAGCCGGUGUUGGAAAGGAGGACACAGUGGCGAUCUACCUGAUGAAGAGAUUUAUUAACCAGGUCCUGCAAGCUGUCAAGUUUGAUGGUGUGCAGGUGUUUGGUUACUCUGCCUGGUCACUGCUGGAUGGAUUUGAAUGGAAUAACGGCUUCACUGUCAGGCGAGGCCUUUUCUACAUCGAUUUCAGCCAACCAAACCGAACCAGGACCCCCAAGACCUCCGCUCAGUACUACCGACAAGUUGUCGCUGAUAAUGGUUUCCCCAGUGAUAAAAGAGACAAAGGGAUCAGAGGCCGGUUCCCCUGCGACUUUCAGUGGGGUGUUGCUGACUCCACUUUACAGGUCCACUUCCACCCUUUCUCACCACAGUUUACCGACAGCCAUUUGUACAGCUGGAACCUGACGGGGGACAGAUCGCUGCAUCCAGUCCCAGGGGUGACGGUCCAGACCAGACGAGCCCAGUGCACCGACUACUUGGCCAUUCGUGAUCAUCUUCGCCUGUUUGAGCCCACUGGGGCAUCUCAUUACCGCUUUGCCCUGAACUGGUCUCUGAUUUUACCCCAGGGAGACCUCUCUAAUGUGAACACUGAGGCUCUGAGGUACUACCGCUGUGUCCUGACUGAGCUCAAGAAGCUUGACAUGAAGGCUGCCGUGAUUCUCUACUACCCCACACACAGAGCUCCAAACCUGGGCUUGCCUGGUCCACUGCAUGCCUCUGGUGGCUGGCUCAACUACAGCACAGUGGAGGCGUUUCACCAAUAUGCAGCACUGUGCUACCAGCAGUUGGGGUCCUGGGUUCCAUACUGGAUCACCAUCAAUGAGCCAAACAGACUGGUAGAUGUCUAUUCUAGUGCGAUAGAGAAGCAUCAGGCAGCUCAUAACCUUCUUCUGGCCCACGCAAAAGCCUGGAGGCUGUAUGAGAGGGAACACUCGAGUCAACAGAGAGCACUGGUGUCACUUGCGUUACACGCCGACUGGGCCGAACCUGCAAACCCCUUCCUGGACUCACAUACAGCAGCGGCACAGAGGUUCCUCUUGUUUGAACUCGGUCGCUUCUUAGACCCACUGCUGGGGACAAGAUAUGAGGAGAAACACAGCAAGAGGGACUACCCGCAAGAAAUGAAGGCAUACCUGGAGGAGAGAUCUGGAGUGAUGGGCCUCCGUGGAUCCCCUCUUCCAAACUUCACUGAGACUGAGAGGGAGGAGCUGAGAGGGGCGCUGAGUUUUAUCGCACUGAAUCAUUUCACCACCCGUUUGGUCUCUCCGUAUCACCCCACACAGGCCAGUCCCCAGCAGAAACAACCCCCCGAUCAUGGCUGUCUGACUCUUUCUGAUCCCACCUGGCACUCGUCCAGUCUGGGGCUGGCUCUUGUGCCCUGGGGCCUGAGGAAGACCCUGAACUGGGUGAGCCAGAGAUACGGUAUGGCAUUGCCCAUCAUCGUCUCAGCCAGCGGGAUUGAUGACCAGGCUCCUGUGGAGGACAAACUCAGGCAACACUUUCUCAAGAGUUAUCUCCAGGAGGCUUUAAAAGCUCGACAGUUAGAUGGAGUAAACCUGCAGGGCUUCUACGUGUGGAAGCUGCAAGAUCGAAAUGUCCCUCAGUUUGGCCUCUUCACCUCAACCCACCACAAGUCCAAAGCCAAAGCCUCGGUCGCUCUCUACAAAGAGAUCAUCGGUCGUGGCGGUUUCCCCAAGGACAACACCACGCAGACCUGCAGGUCUAGAGAGCCUCAUGAACCUUGCUCUGCGUGUGAAUGGAUGUUCAAGAACAAGGCCAUGCUGGUGUUCGGAGGCUGCCUCCUCAUAACAGCGGUUAUGCUGGCAGCCCUCAUCAUCUUUGUCAUCGUCACCAAGAGAAACCAAACAAGAGGCAGGAGGAGGGGGGCGAGCAGGAUGAGCAGGAGGAGGCGGAGGGAGGGGGUCCCUGUGUGCUCAUGUCCACGUGUUAAGUGCUAACUGAAGAGACACUGACGGCGUAAUGUAGCAGAGAAACUGUGUGUGGGAGAAGGAGAUUGGUCUAUAAUUGUGUCUUGUCCUGUAUUGCUGUGUGAUGAGCUUAUUAACAAUUACUGUCAAGAGAAAGUGUCUCCAUCCAUUUCGCUGUAAUAAUGGGUUAUUAAGAUAGAAGGUGCCUGGUGAGAAGAAUUGUUAAAGCAAUUUCUGUAUGUAUGUUUCUACAGUUAAAUGGCCAUGAGAUGGCAACAGACUCUUGCUGACUCAUGUGUUUGAUUAUGUGAUAUGUAUGGUUUACCUGUCGCUCACCUCACCUUUGACCUCUGGUAUGCAGGAAAUAUGUCAAUGCCAUGAAUCUAGUGUUGUAAUAACGUGUCCAGAUCCGAAUAAAAUAUAUUUUAUAUGAUA